CUGUCUAGCACUUGGUUCAGUCACAUUACAGAUACAGUCUUCAUGCUGUAACUGUCAUUAGCAUUUAAUUACAAUGAACUGUUUUUAAGUUCCUUUAUCCUCUCAAUAAUGGACGUGUUUUAUGAUCAUUUCUUGUCAGAAUACAUUGCGCCAGUGAAUGAUUUUUAAACUUUUUUUGUAUUUCUUUUUUUUUUUACCGAAAUAUCGAGAAAUUAUUGUCUGGGUAUCAAUGAUGUUUACCUCACAUAUUAAAAUGUAUUUUCAGAAAUUUCAACUCAUACAAGCAGUCUAAUAUUGCUGAACUGGUGCUUGUUACAGGCUAUAUCUUGUUAUAAUUCUUACAGUACAUUUAACUGAAAAUGCAUGCUAAUAAUAAAUGAGCCUUUUUAUUUAUUUCAGCCAUUUUUAUCCAUAGUCAUUUUUAAAGUGUUUGCUUUCAUGUUGUCUUGAAGUGAAAUUUGACUUUGUAUGGCUGUAUAUCACUGAAUAAACAAACAUGGGUCCUCAGUGCCCAUAUUUCUACAAUCGAUUAAAGCAAGACUGCAUAUGAUUUGGAGAUGCAAGGAAUUUGUGCUUGCUCACAUAUUAGAGAUAACAAUAUAAUAAUAAUUCAAAACCAUUUCUUAGGAAGGUAUAGCCUUGUCAGUUUGGGCACAUACAGUAUAACUGGUUGAUAAAUUCAAUGUAAUUCAAUGCUGUGGACCACAUGAACGAUAAAAUACCAUUCCUAACAGUGACUGUCAGUGACUGGCAUAGGGGCGCAGCGUUGGUAGAGAACCAGGAAGGCACACUUGCAAACAGUUUUAGGAUAAGAGCCAUACAGGCAAGGCAAGGCAAGGCAAGGGAAGUUUGUUUGUAUAGCACAUUUCACACACAGAGGCAAUUCAAAGUGCUUUACAUAAAAUAGAUAAAAAGGAAAGAGCAUAAAAAAUAGUAAGUAAAAGUACAGCAGCUGCACUCUUCACACCUGAAGAGGUCUGGUGCUUCAGCCAGUUGGGAGGUGCUGUAAAACAGAUUUCAUGGGUCUAACCUGUCAGCUGUUCAUGGAUUUAUCUAAUGGUUAAACAUUUAUCGCCAAUGGUAUAAUACAUAGUGCAUUAGAGUAUUCACUAAACAACAUUUCACUGCCAUAGAAGAGCAAGUACUACAAAAAGGCUAACUGCAUGCAGGAAAAUAAAGAAAGACGUUGCUUCUGUCAAUUUAUUCUGUGAAUAAUGUGUAGUUGUGUUUAAAAUAAUUAUUGCAGACCUUGACAUGGGCAAAGUAUAUUUACUUCAAUGCGCAAUUAAAAAAGCAAAUUAUAAUCUGUCCCUCCAUUAUCUAUACCCGCUUAUUCCUGGGCAGGGUCGAGCCUAUCCCAGCAUGCACUGGGUGAGAGGGAGGAAUACGUCCUGGACCACUGAACUGUACAAUAACUAGAAGGGGAACAUGGUCAUGUGGUUCCUUUCCAUUCUAUUCAAUUGAUACUUCCGCAUGUGGCACCACCACAAGAUGGCCGCCGUGGCCCUGAAAUAGAAUUAUUGAUGAGUCUGCCAUGUACAUCUGAUCAGUGUUGUUGAAAUUCAUUGAAUUUGCACCUCCAGUGCAAAUUAUGCGCCAAAAGCUUCCAUUGUGUUGAUCAGUAGAAGCAGCUUAUAACAUUUUUAUUUUAUUCCUGGAUCAAAAAGUUUUCUAAAUAUGACCAAAUAUCACUAUUCUGAUUGCGUUGACGAGGCGCGCUGAUCUAUGAUUGGCUAAGAACAAAACCAAUGAGAUAUGUAACAGUGUCAUGAGACUAUAAUAAUAGCUUCACAGCAUCGUCCCGUGAUGGGGCAUGUCUGCAAAGUUGAUUCAUUUUAUUCUCAGACCACAUUUACAGAGCUGUGGGUACAGCUAAAUAGCUCACUAGCUACUUGUUGCCAACAGUUAUGAAUUUCACAAGCUUAGCUAGCUAGCAACUGUUGACUUGGUGUUUUUACCUUGCACAUAAUAAAAGUGUCAAAUGCUUUGACGUGAGUACUAUUUCCGAAGACAGAACAUCUGAAGUUAUGUGUUGUCAGUCUAUUAACUGUAUGGGGGAACAGCAUCAAAACUGUUGGCUACAUGGUAGUUCGCAAAUAGCCUUGUCUAACUAGCUCGCUAGCUAGAUUAUAUUAGCUAUCGGUUAUAAAGUCAAUUCUGUUGUUAUCUUGUAAAUAAUAAUAUUACGGGUUCAUAUCUCAAGUUAAGUCUUGUUAGAGUAUAGAAUAUGAUGAUGAAAACUAUGGAUGAUGAAUUAAGAAAAAUCUACAAGCACAUCUAGUCUGAAAAUUAAUGGUAUUAAUUUAUACUCCUUUUAAGUGACCUGUGAAAGGUUAGCUAUAGUGUAAAAGUUUGUGGUUAGCCUUAUGGACAGACAGUGGUUGACUCAUUUAACUGACUUCGGAAAAACCCUACAGUGACGGCUUACUAGGCAAGCAGCAGCUCUAUGGGACAUUUAUAAGGGGAAUAACAGGAUAAAUAAACAGAACCAAUAAAAUCCAGGUAAAAUCCAAAAUCCAACCCAGUGAGCCUCACUGUUGCUGGUCGAUAACAGGGCAGAAUGGGAGCUUCAUGUAAACCGUCUGUCUAUUGGUGCAUCUGAUGAGUGUGUUUCUCCUCUCCAGAUCAGCUCCACCCAGUGCCUCUGCUCCUCACUAAUACUGAGACAUGAUUGGAGCAGAGAGAUUCGUCCUCAUUGGCUGCCUGCUGCAAGGAGCCUUGGGCAGCGAUUGGGCAGUCUGGAUGCCUCAGAGUAUUGAAGCUCUGAUUGGAUCCUGUGUCCUGAUUCCCUGCAGAUUUGAGAUCCCAUCUGAAUUUAACUCAGAUCUAUUAGAGGAUCCAUCUUCAGUUAAUGGAAAAUGGAAAAAAGAUGAAACUAUAGUGUUUGAUUCCAGCAGCCAAUCUGCAUCUUCUCUGCAUGGAAAGAUCACUGGAGGCCUGAUUCAGAAAAACUGCACUACAGUCCUGGAGAACCUUCCAAAGAAUUAUUCUCAUGGUCGUUAUAAAUUCAGAUUAGAAUGCAACAAUAGACUCAAAUGGAAUUUUGAACAAAGUGUUCAAAUUAAUAUCACAGGCUCUCCACCCAAACCCAAGUUCACCCCAGAGAGGGUGGAGGUGAUGGAGGGGACCUCUGUGAGCUUGAGCUGCUCUGCUGCAGCCCCCUGUCCCAAACUCCCCCCAAAUCUGACAUGGACCCCCAGGCUGAAUGACAGUGUGGAUCGCCUGCAAGAGAAUGAGGAUCAAACCAAAUUUGUGUCUUCUGUUCUGACCUUCACUGCUUCCCACCUCCACCACUGGCAGAAGAUCAUCUGCAGGGCACUUUACACACUGCAAAAACGAGACACUCAGAGGACAUCUAAGGCCAGUAUGAUUCUCAAAGUUCGAUAUGCUCCUAAGAACACGUCAGUGUCAGUCAGUCCCUCUGGAUCAGUGAUAGAGGACAGCUCUGUGACUCUGACCUGCAGCAGUAAUGCCAACCCAGCAGUGCAGAACUACAUCUGGUAUAAAGUGAAUGGGACAGAGAUGAACACUGUAGGAACUGGACAGAAUCUCACCUUCAAUGUGACUGAGUCCAGUGGCACUGAACAGUACUACUGUGAAGCACAGAAUGAACAUGGCAAGGAGAACUCAACAACUGUACGGCUGAAUGUGAUAUACAUGCCUCAGAUCUCUGGCUCUGGGAGCUGCAGCAGAACUGCAGCAGAGAUCAGCUGCUCCUGUGAGAGCCGUGGGAAUCCCUCUCCCAGCAUGGAGUGGCGUGUGUCUGGACUGCGGGUCACUAACUCUACUGACAGAGUCAUCAGGGAGGAGCAGCUGGGGAACACAGGCCUGAGGAGCUCCCUCACCAUGCGCCAAUCACAGGGAGACAUGCCCACUCUCAUCUGCAUCAGCACCAACACUCUUGGCUCCUCCAGCCUCCAGCUCCACCUCCCGUCUCCACAGCAACACUCAGAUUUUGGCAUUAUCUCACUGCUGAUUGCUGCAGCUACCGGUGCUGGUGCCAUGAUGAUGAUAUGCCUCAUAAUGCAGCACAUUCUGAAGAAGAAGAGACACAGCCAGCGCUCUGGAAGUAGAAUGAAGGACAGCGAAGGGAUCAUACUGACAGAUGGGAAGGCCGCUCAAGAUGAGGAAUCGAUCUACGCCAACAAGACCAUGCUGUCGGAGGCGGGUGUGGUGGAAAAGGGGGACGAGGCCGCCCUGCACUAUGCCACCGUGGAUUUCUCCAAACUUCACGGCACAGGUGGGGAACACGGAACGGGCAUCGUCCGGGGCAUUUCCAAACGGACGUACGACUACGCCGUGAUCCGACACAAAUCCAGGGAAGAGAGAGGAGGAGGAGAGGAAGAAGGUGAGGAGGUGCAGGAGGAGGUGGAGAAGGAGGGCCAAGGUGAGCUGGGCACAGAGAGGGAGUCAGCCGAGGCGAGGGGCGAGAAGGAGGAGGAGUCUCGGCCAAAUCUGAGCCCACAGGCCUCCGUCAACCCUGAGCCCACGGAGGAGGCCACCUACGGGAACAUCUGCCCCUCCAGGCCCACUAAGAGGGCACGGCAGGGACUGCAGCAGCCGCCCAGGAACCCUGCUGCAGAGGAGGAGCAGGAGGAGCAGCGCCAGGAGGAGAACUCAGCAGGAGGCCAAGAGGACAUUUACGUGGACGUCAUGAGCUCCCUGACGGAGGGUAACGGAAAGGGAACGGAGGAGAGUGAGUACGCCGAGGUCAGGAAGCCCAAAUAAGUCACCAUGGAGAUAGGCCAACUCAUCACACCACGCUGCACUCUCAUAAUGCCAAGAUAUUGCUUUACAGACUUGGAUGGAGUUGCAAAAAAAAUAGCAGAGACUUUAAUCAGGAGAUUAGUGUACAGAAAACUAAGAUAGCUACUCCAGGAAAUACAAAAUACUCCAGGCUGUGAAUAACGCUCAGAGAGCACCCAAUCAGAAGCCAGCACAGAGCAGCAGGCUAAUGGGCUCAAGACAGAGUGAGAAGCAAAGCAACUAAGGCAGAAUAAGUGUUGUGAUUCAUUAACUCUCGAAUCGCUAACAGGUGAACACGCAAUCUCAUAAUCAGAGUGAUGGUUAUGUCGCCCUCUGGUGACCAGCAGGAGGAGGUGCAGCUUGAAUCCUCACAGUGGGAGAUGAGUUGUUCCUGUUGGGGCAGUGGGAAUCCCUCUCCCAGCAUGGAGCAGCCGAUACUUGUGUCUGUUUCUUAAUGUCUUUCUUCAGGUCAUCGCCGGAACGUGCAGCAACAAUGCCACGCUCAGGGUGUGCUCGCAUUGGUCAGCACUCCAAUAGUAAACAGAGAUGAACAUUGAACAUUGGCAUAUCCGCCAUUUCAAAAACCAGCCUCAGUGCCAUUUCACAGGCUUGCCAACUACUGAUUUUGAUAUUGUUAUGCUACACCCCUCCUAUGUUGUGGAGACCCCCCUACAAGUUAGCAUUAAAAAUUUAGACUUUCUUUGCGCAAAACACAACUUCAUGUAAAUCAAACGGAAUCCAGACCCCUCAUUCUCUUGAUCAUUUUGAGGAUUGUGUACCUUUUACACUUUUUACUAUUUUAGAUGAAGAUUAUAGUUCUCCCUCAGCCACAGAAAAGAGAAGGGAGCUAGCCUGGGGGGAAAAGUGCUAUAUCGAGUUAAUUCAUACAUUUCUCUAACUGUGUGGUCACUAUCUUGUUUGCUGAAUAAAGUAUUUAAGUUGUUUGUUCGUUUUUCUUUUUUUGAUAAGCCAACUCAUUUCAGCAUUUAAUAAAAUGGAGAUAUGCCUAAGUA